UAAGUCUAAGCCAUCUCGUUUCUUCUUUGUUCCAAUUGAGAAAAUAGUCUCCAAAUUCACGUAGAAGUAUUAACUUGCUUGCUUUCUUUUGAAACAUAGAAAAUGAUGUUCUGUACACUACAUCCAGGAAAUGGUUGCAAAAACAUCAAAGGAUUUUCCCUCCAAGUCCUAAAAGGGAGGUGGUUCAUGAUGUUUGCAUCAUUUAUGAUGAUGUUAGUAUCAGGAGCUAGCUACAUGUUUAGCCUCUACUCCAGAGAAAUCAAGUUUGCUCUCGGGUAUGACCAAUCCACUCUCAACUUGUUAAGUUUCUUCAUGGACUUAGGUUCCCACAUAGGCAUUCUCUCAGGUCUAAUAAACGAGGUCACACCUCCUUGGGUUGCGUUAUCAAUGGGUGGGGUUUUCAAUUUUUUUGGUUAUUUCAUGAUUUGGCUUGCUGUGACUAAAAAAAUUGCAAAUCCCCAACUGUGGCACAUGUGUUUGUACAUUUUUAUUGGAGGCAAUGCUCAUUGCUUUACCAACACUGUAGUUCUGGUGACCAGUGUAAAGAACUUCCCUGGGAUCCGGGGCAUUGUCAUAGGCAUUGCAGAGGGGUAUUUGACUUUGAGUGCAAUAAUCUUCACUCAGCUCUACUAUGCCUUCUUCGAAAAUGAUUCCAAAUCUAUGAUUUUGCUCAUGGCAUGGCUACCAACUGCGACUGCUUUAAUUUUCCUACCAGUUAUCAAGAACCACAGGAGUAUUCAACAGCCAAAUGACUCCAAAGUUUUCCAUAGGUUGAUCUACCUGAUACUUGUUCUUGCAGGGUUCCUCAUGAUUAUUAUUGUUGUACAAAAAAUUUUCAACUUCACUCAGACUGAGUAUUAUGUCACUUCUACUGUGAUGAUUCAUUUGCUUACCCUUCCACUUACUGUUGUUAUUGUGGAAGAAUACAAGGUUUGGAAGAGCAAACAAGACCAUAUCAAUUGUGAAAAUCCUCCAAGCCCCACGGAUGUAGCAGCAACAACAACAACGAAAUCUAAUCAAGUGAAGUAUGAGCAGGCUCCUCAUGCAGAACAGGCUCCCCGAAAAGGAGUUUCCUGUUUGCAAAACAUUCUCAGGCCGCCGGAAAGGGGUGAAGAUCAUACAAUACUUCAAGCCAUUUUCAGCCUUGACAUGGUAAUUCUAUUCCUUGCUACUAUAUGUGGAUUUGGUAGCAACUUAACCGUGGUAAACAAUUUGAGUCAGAUUGCAAAGUCUUUAGGCUACCCUGCACACACCAUAACCACAUUCAUCUCCCUCAUGGCAGUUUGGAUUUUUCUAGGUAAAAUUGCACAAGGGGUUGUAUCAGAAUUUAUGAUAACCAAAUUGAAAACCCCUAGGCCUCUCAUGCUCACAAUACUCCUUGUUUUGUCGUGUAUUGGUCACCUUUUAAUUGCAUUCAAUGUUCCAAAUGCUCUAUAUAUAGCCUCAAUUGUUAUUGGGUUUUGCUUUGGGGCAAUCUGGCCAAUUCUUUUUUCCAUCAUAUCUGAAUUGUUUGGCCUCAAACAUUACUCAACAUUGUAUAAUGUUGGGACAUUAGCGGUUCCAAUUGGGUCAUACUUGUUCAAUGUGAUGGUCGUAGGGUAUCUGUAUGACAAGGAAGCCAGAAAGCAAAUGAAAGCAUUGGGGCUAGAAAGAAAGCCAGGAGAGGAAUUGAACUGCAAUGGGGGCGAGUGCUACAAAUUGUCUUUCAUUAUAAUAACUGUAGUUUGUUUGCUUGGGGCACUUGUAUCAUUCAUUUUGGCGCUUAGGACUAAAAAAUUCUACAAAACUGACAUAUACAAGAAAUUCAACGAAGAAUCUAGAACUGCAGAAAUUGAAAGUGUUGUUCCUCAACAAGAAUGAACCACAUGCUGCUGCAGACGAAGGCUCUAUCUUCUCCAAGGAAAUGGUAAAAGAAAAACUUGGGGUGAGCACCACCUUUAAUGGUAAAGGUUAUUGUAACAAUCUCAAUUCUUAGCCACUACCGCAACCUUUAAUUUUCCCUAUUUUUAUUUUUAUGUAUUUUUAUGUUUUU